AUGGCGGACGAUGAAAACAACGCCGACCUUGACAAUACAGACAGUGCCACGGGUCUCGCAGCCUGCCUCGCCUCCGAGGAAGACGAGUCACGUGAAGUAGCCCGUGCCCCUCGCCCCCGCGGAGUCCGCGCUGUCAAAUCGAACGCUAGAGGGAUUGUACUGCAUGUACACGAAAGUAAUUCCGACUCCGACUACGAACCGGACAAAGAUGGAAACAGCGAGUAUAAGGACGACGACGUUGCUGACGAUCUGGAAGCCGAAUGCUUGGACCGCAAUUCGAAUCCGCUAUCCCAGCAAGCUGCCAAAAGCUACACAGAGGAUAAUAUUAUUCGGUAUCGCUGGCGCGACUCACGUUUGACCGAGAUUCACAGCAAGGAGGCCUGUGACCUCACAGCAAGCCGUGGUGUGCUUGUGAUUGACUUCCUGUCGCUGGACGAGAAGGCUAUUACGAUGGAAAAGAUUUUUGCGCUCUUUAAGUCUAACAAUCCGCGGUGGGAGGAAAUCAAGUCUAACUCCGAGUCCACAUUUGACGAGUGCUACGAAGCAUUCAGAGACUACUGCGACAAGAUUGCACCUGAUGUAGUGGCAUAUUUCGACAAAUAUUGGAAAUCGUGUACAGAAAUGUGGGCUAGUUUUGCACGAGACAGAUACUUUUCGGCUGGAAAUUCUACGACGAAUCGUAUCGAGGCCAACUGGCACCAGAACACCCCACUCAUUCCGUAG